AUGAGUAACGAAUUGGCACUUGUCGAGAAGGUAGAGCUGCGAUUAGCAUUGGCAGAUACAGACGAGAAAUUUGAAAGUGCUUUGAAUUUAUACUUGGCUCCUAUUCUCCUCAAAUUUUCGUCCUCUGAUGUUGCAGUUAAGACUCAGAUCAACAAAAUUGUGAAGUAUCUACUCACCAGAAUAAACACUUCACAUGUCAAACUUCCUAUAAGGAAUCUUUUGAGCCAAGUCAAAUCACCCAAUGUGGCAGCAAGUGUGGAUCCUACAGUGGUUCAGUCUUAUACAAUACUCUUUAUCUCUAAAGGAUUGCCUCGCCUUUCAGAGAGAGAAAGACUUGAACUGAUACCUUUAAUAAUAGAUGGCAUUUCGACGAUGAAGGAUGCAAUUGCCUCUAGAAUGUUUAAUGUUCUUUGCAAGCUACUCCUAGAUUGGCACGCAGAUGACUCACAUAAGGAUUCGUACCUCUCCUCUUGGAAUGUCAACGAUUCGGAUCAGACUUUCCUCAUCACCAAGUUUUCGGAAUUCAUGCUGAUGGGUCCAGUGCUUCCUGAUGAAUCUCACAAUAUUCCUCAAGAUCUUACGUUUCCUGGUCUUUCAAGUUCGUCUGUCUCUUUUUUUACCUAUCAGGCAGGCGCUACGUUUGAUCUGGGCACUUUGACGAUUUACAAAAAAGCUAUAUUAAGGUUUUCUGAGGCAGUUUUUUCCAAUUCUGCCACGUUGAUUGCAAUCAUUGCUUCAGCAGAUACCUCAACGUCACUUGCCAAUGAUGCCCAAUCAUUUUUAAAGAGAAUCAAGGUAGACUAUGAAAGUAAACCACUGGUCGACCAGUUGAUAGAUUUAUUCAUAGGCGAUAGCGAUCGGCCUCCUGCCUCCUUGUAUUUACAAGAGAAAAUUAUGAAUUUUUGCAGUCAGUCGCAUUUGGCAGCUUCCUCUCCCAAAGCUGCUCAAUUAUGCUCGCUUGGACUGGAGUCUGACUAUUCAAGGUUGAAACACUCGACAAUCAAAUUCAUCAAAUGGCUAUCAACUGCCAUGUUGAAAAAUAAAACUAUGCAAGACGAAACUCUUUGCAGGACUAUUGCCAUUCAGUUAAAGAACAAUCUCGCAAAAGAAGAUGUAACGAACAACACAACGAACACAACGCAACGUCGUUUUCAGUACGAGGCUUUGGCAGUGGUUUUACGAAGAGUUAAAAAUCAGGAAGACUGUACAUUUGUCGACUUCUUAUUUCGAAUGAUGGAGCGAGACUCUCCUGACCUUAUAUCCAGUAUUCAAGACGCAUUUUCCGCUUUAUCCCCUUCGUUGCUAAAAUUACCAUCUGACGAGAAGCACAAGCUCAUGGAGAUAUUUGCUUCCUAUAUCAAGCAAAUGCCCACAUUCGAAACGAGGGACAACAUUUUGAGUUGUCGCUAUGCGGCAGUGAAACUGGUGAAUGCCUGUUUCCCAUUCAAUGAUGCGAAGGCCAGAAUCUUGGAUGUUCUUGCGCAAACUCAAUUUGAUAAACCUGAAACCUUAGAGGAAGCAUCAAAAGGAUUGCAUCCUUAUUACUUUUCUUUGAUACAGAACAUAAAGUCUUCAGACUGUAAACUAACCGUGGAGUUUCCUGAUUUCGAAUCCAUAAUUCAAGAAGUUCAACACAUUGAUCACGUUAACAUUGGUAAGCUAAUGACCUUUGCCUGGAGGUGUCUUGUGAUGCAAGCUCUCAGAGGAUGCGUCACAGUUAUUGUUCCUGAUCAGCAGUGGGAAAUUCGACUCGAAAAUGCAUUAGAUUACGAUGAAAAAGUGAAAAGCCUACUCGUCAAAGAAUUGCAGCGUCUAGAUGAUAAGUCCUUACGGACGGAUUCGGGUCCAUCCCUUCUCUCUGUAUACUUGAAGAUGCAGCUCGAUGUUUUUGUCGCUGAGUCAAGUUUGGAAGCAGGUAGACAAUUGUAUCAGAUUCUUAUAUCCAGUCCUCGGCAAGCAUUUUCCAGUACGGCCUUUUCAGUUAAUCAACUCAAAUCCAUGCUCACUACGUCGAUUUCGGACGAGGUACUAUUGUACGUUUCGAAGUGUUUGGCUAUCAUUGCUUCUCAGGAUACCUUAGAGGAGCAGGAUUUGAAGUCUCUCUUGACUGGCUUGUUGAGCGAUGAUCAAAUCAUGGCUUGUUCGUUUUUGAUUUCCCAGUUGGUUUUACAUGGAAAACUAAAAGUUGUUUCCACCGACCUGUUUGAUGAAGUUCUGAUGAAAAUAGAAAAUUCCCUCAGCUCUUCAUCUUCGAAGAUUCAAAGAGAAGGCUUUGAAAGCUUGUCACAGCUGGCUUUGUUUGGGUGUCUGGGACCAAUCCUGACUUUGUCAUCAAAAGUAAAGUCGUACAAGAGCAAGUUUAUUAAACUGUUGCUGCCCCUCGUCAAAAAGCUUAACGAAAAAGCUACUAUCGCUAUCUCUUGUGUGAGCCUUUCAUUGCUACGCUCAGAUACAGAGUUUUUGCCUCUGAUCGAGUCUGCGCUGUAUGGGACUUAUACUUCAAAGCAGACCGAUUUUCACUUCACGGCGGGGGAAGCGUUUAGCAUCCUUGCUGCAGGCGUUCACUCCAAAGUGGUAAUGAACAAGUUGGAUAUCAGAGAAGAAUCUGUGAGUCCUCCAUUAGAACAUGAUGUGUCUAGAGUGCCUAUCAUACUGGACACAAUCAUUGAGGCUUGCGAAGAUACGAAGCCUGCUUUGAAAAGAGCAGGAUGUAUUUGGCUCUUAUCACUUGUUCAGCAUUGUGGACAUCUUGAACCCCUACAAAAUAACUUAAGCCUCCUCCAACGCUCAUUCCUGAGGUUUCUGGCAGACAAGGACGAAAUUAUACAGGAGUCGGCAUCAAGAGGUUUGAGUUUAGUUUAUGAAAUGGGGGAUGCAGAGCUGAAAGAUACGCUAACGCAUAAUUUGCUCAGCUCGUUCACUGACUCCCGAAAAUCGGUCACCAGUGGAUAUCUUCAUGAAGAAACUGAACUAUUCGAUCCUGGGGUUUUAAAUACGGGUGAUAGCUCCGUGUCUACUUACAAAGACGUUUUGAAUCUUGCUUCUGAAGUUGGAGAUCCCAGCUUGGUCUACAAAUUCAUGUCCAUUGCCAAAAGUUCUGCUUUGUGGUCAUCUAGAAAAGGUAUCGCAUUUGGUCUGGGCGCAAUUUUAGACAAAUCCAAAUUGGAGGCUCUAAUUGCCAAUGAUCAAAGGCUGUCAUCCAGACUGAUCCCAAAGCUGUUUAGAUAUAGAUUUGAUCCAAGUCCAUCAGUUGCCAAAACCAUGAAUGAUAUAUGGAACUCUCUGCUUCCAAAUUCGAAAGUGAUCACCGACAACUUCGAGACCAUUUUGAGGGAUCUUCUUACAAAUAUGGGCAAUCGAGAAUGGAGAGUGAGACAGGCUUCAACGGCUGCCAUUCAGGAUUUACUUCGCCAUGUAUCAUUCGAAGAAUAUGAGACUUAUUUGGAAAAGAUCUGGACUAUGGCUUUCAGAGUUAUGGACGAUAUCAAAGAGAGUGUGCGCGUGGAGGCAAACUCGCUGACCCGGUAUCUUGCAACGACGAUGGUCAAUAAGAUCUCAAAUGUUGAUCAUCAAACCUCGAAUGAAUCAAAGAUUUUAUCUCAGCUAGUGCCUUUCCUUCUAGGGUCAAAUGGUUUGUUGAAUGAUUCCGAUGAAGUGAAGAAUUUUGCUCUGCAAAUCAUUAUAAAGCUUGCCAAGUCAUCAUCAAUCUUGCUGAAACCUUACAUUUGCGACCUGAUUGAGCAAUUGACGAUGAUGAUGUCAUCUAUCGAACCUCAAAUCGCCAAUUAUCUCGCGUUAAAUGCGGACAAGUAUAAUAUAAAAUCAGACGAUAUUGAUUCUCAAAGACUUGCCGCUCUUAGUAGCUCCCCUCUAAUGGAAGCAAUUGAACGGUUGAUGAAUCUCUUGGACGAAGGCUUGAUGGCCGAUUUUAUUAUUCAUCUUUCAGAUGCAGUGAAAAAGUCUGUUGGAUUGCCCUCCAAAGUGACAGGAUCGAAAAUUAUCAUCAGUCUAAUCACAAGGCACUACAUUAUUUCGCAAAAAUAUGGGGAUGACCUUCUCAAAAUUUGCAUGAGUCAACUUAAAGACAGAAAUGAAACUGUGUCAAAGUCUUUCGCAAUCUCUGCUGGAUACUGUGUCCGUAUAGCUUCACUGAAAAAAAUCGAUAGUUUGGCGAAGAAGUUGAAAGCCUACUAUUUUGAAGCCGGUGAUAACGAAAAACUUAAACUGCUUUCCGCCAACGCUUCGGAAUCCAUUUCAAAGUACUCUGGUGAUAGAUUUCAGUCAAUUGCUGUCAGCUAUCUUCCCUUGAUCUUUGUUGGAAAACAUGAUCCUGUCCAGGAGGUCUCCGAUUUAUUCACUAAAGCGUGGGAAGACUCUUCCUCUGGAGGAAGUGGACCAAUCAAGCUCUAUCUUAAAGAAAUCAUUGAGCUUAUUAUGCUCAACAUUAACUCUACAGAUUUACAGAUUAGGCAGAGUAUUGCACUUUCAAUUAUUGAGAUAGUGGACAAAUUGGGACCAGAGAUUAGCUCUUUGAGCAACUAUUUAAAUCAGCUUUAUGAAAUCCUAAUUGUUUCUCUUAGGGGCAGGUCUUACAAAGGUAAGGAGAAUCUGUUGAGAUCUCUGGUUCUCUUGGCAACAAAGACCCCGAAUUUUCUCCAUGAGGCAGAAAACUCAGAGACUUUUGAUCAGGUUAAGCGUUGUGUCUUAAUUGAAGCUGGACGAAAAAACAGAGAGUACGCCAUUCACAGCGUACAAUCGCUGGGUAUUUUCUUGGGUACUUUCCCUGAUGCGGAAAUGUACGAGGAAUAUUUGGAUUUGAUUGACUCUUUCAUUCAACCAAAACCAAAAAAUGAGUCGGAUAUGGAUACAGAUUCGGAAGACGAUAAAGCAAAGUUGAAUAAAAAAGCUAAAGACGCUCGAUUGGAAGAAAUGAAGAUCCAGCUACUUGAAAACCAAUUGAGCGCAUUGAAUUCAGCCGAGCCCAACCGAAAGCUCUGUGAGCACAUCAUGAAAAAUCUAGUCGAGUAUUUCGACGAUGAUCGUUUCCAACAAACCUAUAAAACUCAGUUGGUUGUUAUCGAAGGUUUCACAAAACUCUUGAAAACAUUUGAGCUUUUGGACGAUGAUUUGAAGAGGCAAAUGUCUGAGAUUUGGAACACUCUUUCCACAAAUUGUGCUAACAGAGAUAAUCUUCAAAAUGUUUUGAUUGCAUUCAUUAGGGCUACCAGCGAGUUUGCGAAAGUUUGUCCCACAGUUUCUGAAAGCUGUAACGACAAACUUGAAGAAAUGGCCUCUUUAGAAAUUAACUCCAUCAUCAACAUGGAAAUUAGCAAAGCACUAAACAAAUGA